CUAUUACCACAAGCUGCACAGCUAAUGUCAAAACAGAGGAACAGGCAGAGGCAGAGGAUGAAAAGCAUUACCAUGUUUACAGCCAACAGGUAGAAGAGAUGGCAGAGAGGGAGUGAGAGAGAGAGAGAGAGAGAGAGAGAGAGAGAGAGAGAAAGAGAUGGUACAACAUAGUACAGAGCCAAAUGUUUCACACUUGUCUUCAUAGGAUGUUAGAGGAAGAAGCCCUUGCCUCAUGCUGAGACCCUGCAGCACAGCUGAGACUUGCCAUGUGCUUUGAGCCUGUUGAUGAAGCCGGUACAUGGACACUCACUGACUGACAGCAACAACCAAGAGGACAGAAGAGUGGACAAGUAAAGAAGGGCUGAGAGAUAUACACAGAGAGAGAGAGAGGCGAGAGAGAGAGAGAGGGAGAGAGAGGGAGAGAGAGAGAGAGAGAGAGAGAGAGAGAGACAAAGAGAGACAGAGAGACAGAGAGACACAAAGAGAGAGAGAGAGACAGAGAGAGAGAGAGGAGGAGGAGGACAAGGGACAAGAGGUUACAAGAUUGGUAAUGAUUUUCUUUGUGAGAGCAACCCUGCCCAACCUGCUGGGGAAGGAGAAGGUUUGAGGAAAAAACAAAAAGAGGAGGAAAAAGCAUCUGCCUGGAAUUAUCCUGCUGAGAGUUAGAGAGCAGACAUGCCUGCUCUCAUUAUGAAGUUUUCACUGUCAGUGCUGCUGACCCUGACCAUAACAAGGCCAGAUUUGACUGUGUCUGGGGAAGUUCAGGAGUUUGACAGUAGAGACGAGGUGCUAGAACGAGAAUUCCUGUACGCUGGACGAAGCAAGCGCUCCGCGGACCCUGCAGGCAGCCCGCCACCAGACAAGUGCUCAUAUACCUUUAUUGUGCCUCAGCAGAAGACUACGGGUGCCAUUUGUGUAAACAGCAAAGAGCCGGAGGCUCUGCUGGAGAAUAGGGUGAAUAAGCAGGAGCUGGAGCUGCUUAACGGUGAGCUCCACAAGCAGAGGCGUCAAAUUGAAUCACUGCAGCAGCUGGUGGAGGUGGAUGGUGGCGUGGUGAACGAAGUGAAGCUUUUGCGCAAGGAGUCACGCAACAUGAACGCCCGGGUGACCCAGCUGUACAUGCAGCUGCUACACGAGAUUAUCCGUAAACGGGACAAUGCUCUGGAGGUGUCGCAGCUGGAGAACCGUGUGCUUAACCACACGGCCGAGAUGCAGCGGCUGGCUUCCCGCUACCGCGACCUCGAGCACAAGUAUCAGCACCUGGCCUCUCUUGCCAACAAUCAGACUGCGCUUAUAGCACAGCUGGAGGAACAAUGUCUAAGGGGCGGCUUCAGAGGAGCUGGUGGAGGUGGUGUGGCACGGCCUGCCCGACCCUACCAGCCUCCUGUAGCCCCUCCUCAACAACAACAACCCCAACUCCGUUUACCCCAUCAACCCCCAGCUAAGCCGUUCCACCCACCUCCCUUCACACGACACAACCAGAUCACUAAUGAAAUCCAGAGUGAUCAGAAGGCAAUGCCACCACCUUUACCUACCAUGCCCGCUGGCACCCACAGCCCAUCCACAACAGACAAGCUUUCAGGGCCCUUCAAAGACUGUCUGCAGGCCUUGGAGGAGGGUCACACCAACAGCGGCAUGUAUCUGGUGAAGUCGGAAAAUGGUAACAAGCUAAUGCAAGUGUGGUGUGACCAGAGACAUGACCCAGGAGGCUGGACAGUCAUUCAGAGACGCCAGGAUGGAUCAGUCAACUUCUUCAGGAACUGGGAGACAUACAAGCAAGGAUUUGGAAACAUUGACGGUGAAUACUGGCUUGGUCUGGAGAACAUCUACUGGCUGACCAACCAGGGCAACUACAAGCUUCUAGUGACUCUUGAAGACUGGUCAGGCAGAAAGACCUUUGCAGAAUACGCCAGUUUCCGGGUAGAGGCAGAGGCUGAUUUCUACAGGCUGAGGGUGGGACGCUACCAUGGCAAUGCUGGGGAUUCCCUUACUUGGCACAAUGGAAAGCAGUUUACCACCCUUGACAGAGACCAUGACGUCUACACAGGAAACUGUGCCCAUUACCAGAAGGGUGGCUGGUGGUAUAACGCUUGUGCCCACUCCAACCUGAACGGUGUGUGGUACCGGGGAGGCCACUAUCGCAGUCGCUACCAGGAUGGAGUCUACUGGGCAGAAUUCCGGGGAGGGUCAUACUCACUGAAGAAAGUCACCAUGAUGAUACGACCCAACCCCAACACAUUUCACUAGCAGCUCAAACCCAAAGGAGGAAAAAAAAACCCACAAGAACUCAUGGUUGUGACAUUUUGAACCAAGGGUACAAAAGUGCAAUUUUAACUUUUCUUUUUAUACAUCUUCUUAUGUAUGUGUUUUUGUUACUUUCUUUACUGAUUUUAAGAUACAGUCAAACAAAGUGCACAAGCUCUCCAUUGCUUGAGGGGACAAUAUUUUGGGUGCAAUUUAGGGAGUAUUGACUCUGAAGAAUAAUACUAAAA